AUGGACGAAGCCAAGUUAUUCUCCGGUCCGAAGCGGUCCUCCGACAAUAAUGCGAAAUACAUGAACGAGCAUAGCCUAGACACCGAGCCGGCAGCCGCAAACGGCCUCCUCGAAGCACUAGGCUAUGAGCCCGAACUGACACGCAACCGCUCAACGCUGCAGGUAGCAUUCAUGUCCUUCGUGCUAGCCUCCAUCCCCUACGGCCUCGCAACAACAUUCUUCUACCCGCUCGUCGGCGGCGGCCCGGUAAAUAUAAUCUGGGGAUGGCUGAUCGUCUCGCUGAUUAUUCUGUGCGUGGCCGUCUCGCUGGGUGAGAUUACCUCCGUCUAUCCCACGGCCGGUGGGGUGUAUUACCAGGCUUUCAUGCUCUCGCCGCAGUACUGUCAGCGGAUUGUUGCGUGGAUUUGUGGGUGGAGCUAUGUUGUGGGCAAUAUUAUGAUUACGCUCGCUGUGAACUUCGGGUCCACGCAGUUUAUUAUUGCUUGUGUUAAUGUUUUUGAGGUCGAGCCCGGUGUGGGAAUCUUUGAGGCGACUACUUAUCAGACUUUUUUGAUUUUUUUGGGUAUUACGCUUUUGUGUAAUGCUGUUUCGUCGCUGGGGAAUAAGUGGUUGCCCUGGCUUGAUACAUUCGCCAUCUUCUGGACUCUAGCAGGCCUUCUGGCAAUCGUCGUCUGCGUCUUAGUCCUUGCCAAAGGCGGCCGGAAUAGCGGCGCAUACGUCUUCGGCCGCUUCGAGCCGCAAUCAGGCUGGCCAGUCGGCUGGUCAUUCUGUGUCGGACUCUUACAAGCUGCAUACGCCACCUCUUCCACGGGCAUGGUAAUCUCAAUGUGCGAAGAAGUCCAAAACCCAUCCCUCCAAGUCCCCCGCGCAAUAGUCGGCACAAUAAUCCUAAACACACUAGCGGGCCUUCUCUUCCUAAUCCCCCUAGUCUUCGUUUUGCACGACUCGUCAGACCUCAUCGCCCUAGUCUCAGGCCAACCCGUUCCAACGAUAAUCAAAAACGCAGUCGGAAACUCCACCGGCGCAUUCCUCCUGCUCAUGCCCCUCGCCGUCCUGGCUUUACUCUGCGGCAUCGGCUGUACGACAGCUGUCUCCCGAUCCGUCUGGGCCUUUGCCCGUGACGGCGGCAUCCCCUUCUCGAAGCACUGGAAGGUCGUUAAUCAGUCGCUUGGGCUGCCUUUCAAUGCUAUGAUGUUGGGGAUGGUUAUUGAGAUUGCGCUGGGGCUAAUUUAUUUCGGGUCUACUACUGCGUUCAAUGCGUUUUCGGGUGUAGGCGUUAUUACGUUGACGGUUAGUUAUGCUUGUCCUAUUGCGGUUUCGUUUUUGGGUGGGAGGAAGCAUAUUAGGAAUGGACAGUUUAACUUGGGGAAGGUGGGAGUUUUUUGUAAUGUUGUUGCGUUGGCUUGGAGUUUACUCGCCGUCCCCCUAUUCUGCAUGCCCUCCUACCUCCCUGUCACCGCGGAGACGGUCAACUACGCCCCCGUCGUCUUCGUCGCGUUUAUCCUCAUCGCGACGUUCUGGUACUGGGUCUGGGGGAGGGAGAAGUACGUUGGACCGCCGACGGCUGAUGAAGCCGUGAUUGAUCUUCGUCUCUCCGCUGCGUGA